AUAGGAAAAGGACCGUCUCUUCCCUUGUGAAUAAAUAGCCAAUAUCCAUUGCCUUCUAUCCAGCACAACAACAGAACUCCUUUCUUCUUCAAUCUCGAAUUCCUUACCACCUUACUGACAAUAUGAUCAGCGCGAAGAAGCUCCUGAAAAUGGCAAGGAAGUGGCAAAAGCUGGCAAGCAUCAAGAGAGAAAGAAUUACACUCCCAAAAGCCAAUGGAGACGAGAUUGCAGGCAGUUGCAGCGCUUCAGCGGUGGCUGAUAAGGGUCAUUUCGUUGUAUACACUGCUGACCAAAGACGCUUUGUUCUUCCUUUGGAAUAUCUUAACAAGGAAAUCUUCAAGGAGCUCUUUAGAAUGGCAGAAGAAGAAUUUGGUCUGCCAAGAAAUGGGCCUAUCACGUUGCCAUGUGAUGCAGCGUGUGUGGAGUAUGUAGUUGCAAUGAUCCAACAGAAUAUAGCCAAACAUCUGGAGGAAGCAUUGGCCAUAGCCAUAGCUACUGAAUGCUGUUCAUCAUCUUCAUAUCUCCCACCACAUCUACCAAUACCUAACCAACAAAUCCUGCAGAUCUGUAGCUUCUGAUCAAGCAAAUUGAAUUUUGUUCUGCAAUUGAUUGACAUCAUGUACAUAUGAUACUAUUAUUAAAAUCUUCGACCAUUAAUUAUUUAA